AUGGGGGUAACUAUUACCAUUAAAGCUGAACGGUACAUACAGGGUUUGCUGCCAUCCAAGCAGCGUCCGGCCUGCAGUCCGGGUACCAGACCGUCCAGCCUGCGGUCCGGGUACCAGACCGUCCCGCCUGCGGUCCGGGUACCAGACCGUCCCGCCUGCGGUCCGGGUACCAGACCGUCCCGCCUGCGGUCCGGGUACCAGACCGUCUCGCCUGCGGUCCGGGUACCAGACCGUCGGGUGUUGCAGCGCUCGCCGGUCGUCCUCCAGCUGGCGCUUCUUGUUCUCGAUCUCUGUCUGCCACUUCCUCUUCUCCUGAGGACGAUAGAAAUUGAACUUUGUCACUGUGUCAGUUAUUUUAUUCGCUCUGCUGCUCACAGGAAACAGGAAACUGAUCUGAGUAACGUCCUCCCUGCUGUCUCCAUAGUAACAUCCUCUCUGUGGUUGCAGAGACUAUCGGCUGGACGGAGGGAUGUUUUGACUCUGCAGAGUUUCCAAACAUCGAGUUCUGUUCUUCACCUCCCUCCCUCCGAGCCCCCCCCCUCCGGCUCCACAGUACCCCCCACCGACUCCACAGCGCCCCCCUCCGGCUCCACAGCGCCCCCCACCAACUCCACAGCGCCCCCCACCGACUCCACAGCGCCUCCCACCGCCUCCACAGCGCCCCCCACAGCCAUGGCCAGCAGCCCGAGGAGGUGGGUGCUGAAGCCUCUGUCGCCCCCCCUGCAGCAGUCUGACCUGCGCUCCAUCGCUGGCCCCGCCCCCGACGAUGAUUCGGUCUUCAGAUUCGACGCCGUCUCUGUGUCCCGCAGCGGUUCCUCUGUGUUCGUCUCCUCGCUGCAGGACGAGGCUUCAGGAGACGUGACAGUCCAAGCCCGGCAGGUCUCCGUGUCUCAGGACGGGGGGAGCACCAGCGACGAGUGGCAUCCCAGCAGCCCCAGCGACCCCAGCAGCCCCGGCAGCAGCACCGGGUCCCACUGCGGGUUCUACUCCUUCGUGGAGGACCCGGCGAGUCCGGAGGCAGAGCGCAACGAGGCGUGGAUGGUGUCUCCUCAGAGGACGGCUCAGCUGUCCACACUGAAGGAGGAGCGAGACUUCAAACUGCAGACCUACACCGGCAGCAAGAGACCCGGGAGCCUGUUCGCUGACGACAACGGCUCAGAGUACCAACUGGACCCGGAGAACAAAGCGGAGCUGGUCGGAGACAAAGAGGAGCAGCAGCUUCGGCAUGACAUCAUCCGCAGUCAGGCGCCGAAGAAGAACCUCAAGCUCAAAGAGGAGCUGAGUGCUCUGCAGGAUCUGGACCUGAGCAAGGCCACCAGCAAGCUGAUGCAAGGGUUCAGUCUGAGCUUCAGUCACAUCAGCGUCAAACCAGAACCCCCCCGCCCGGCCGAGCCCGGCAGUGUCGACAAGGAGCAGAUCAACUUCAGCGCCGCCCGGCAGCAGUUCCUGAAGAUGGAGCAGGACCGGCUGAAAGCUCCCCCCCCUCUGAGGUCCUCAAAAACACAUCUGAACUCGUCUCUACAGCUGGAUGCUGACAGGUCCGUGUGGAGGCGAGUGGAGACAGAUGUCCGGGUGGAGACAGAUGUCCGGGUGGAGACAGACACCCGGGUGGAGACAGACGUCCGGGUGGAGACAGGCGUCCGGGUGGAGACAGGCGUCCGGGUGGAGACAGACAACCAGGUGGAGACAGACGCCCGGGUGGAGACAGACGAUGGAGCAGAGCUCAGAGCAGACCUGAUGGCUUUUGGACUGUCUGAAGGGGUGGAGACAGACGAUGGAGCAGAGCUCAGAGCAGACCUGAUGGCUUUUGGACUGUCUGAAGGUGAGACCCCCACAGAGAGGAGGGUGACGGUGUUUCGGAUCGAUGACAGUCUGAGUGUCUUGGAGAACCUGGACUCUGGUCUGGAGGAGCUGCCGGUGGAGGCGGGCGGCUACCGCAGCGACGACGACGUGUUCAGUGAGACGAGUCAGCAGCAGAGCAGGAACGAGAACGAAACCCCGAUCGAAAGGGAGAUCCGGUUAUCUCAGGAACGGGAGGAGAACCUGCGACGCUCCCGAGGCCUGAAGCUCAGCAGUAGUUCAGAGAUGAUCCAGAUCAAAACCAAACGUCUGCAGUCGCCGAUGUCUCUGUCACCGUUGCCGGUGCCAUCUGGGAGAGUUAAAGAGAAGAACCGGGUCAGCUUCAUCAUCCAGAGAGACAUGCAGAGGAGGGAGUCCGCCAGCCGCAGGGAUCCUCCACAGCUGGACCACAUGAAGACAGAGCCGGAUCUGCAGGAGGAGGACCGGAGGACAGAAGACAUACUGUCUCCUUGCUGUCCUCACCGACACCUCGAGGAGACAGAGCUGUCCCUCCUGGACUUGGAGGUCCGGGAUCGGAUCACGUCCUCCUCGUCCCGCUCCUCCCGCUCCUCCCCCUCGCCUCAGCUGGACUCCUCCCUCGCCUCGACGCGGUCCUGGAGGGAGAACCUGGAGUCCACCGGCCUGCAGCCCAGAGGACAGGGAGCUCCAGACUUCAUCGAGAAGGAGAUCGAAGAGUCUCUGAGACGAGAGCAGGAGCUGCGGGAGGUGAGGCUGUCCAGGGAGGAGACGCCUCUGUCCUCGCCUCCUCCUCUGGUGGAGCAAGCAACCAAGAUGGCCGUCAGACAGUUCUACCCAAACACAGAUAAAGCAGACAGCCCCUCCCCCCGCCCCUCCCUCCGGAUGCCCUCGGCCUCCUUCAUCACGGCUCAGCCCUGGACCUACACCCCCCCCUCCUCCCCGGGGGUGCGGUCCUCCUCCCCGGGGGUGCGGACCAACCCCCCCCCUGUCAGAGGCCUGACUGACACUCUGCUGCAGGACUUUGAGGAGAGGCGAGCUCGUAUGAAGCUGGACGAGAGCUCAUACGCAGGAAUCCAGCCGGUCGACGACGUCAACAACGAGGUGGUGGAGUCGACUCGAGUCGUCAGACAUAAGAACCAGCGAGCUCUACGAUGGGAAGCCGGAGUCUUUAACAACCAGCCGGACCAGUGAGACCCGGACAUGGACAUGGGGGGGGGGGGGGGGG